ACAUUCCUUGGUCUUAUCUUGUCCCCUGUUGAUUCUGAAUUUACAUGUAGAUCCCUUCGUAUCAUCUUCCACAAUCAUCUCUUUCUACCCUUUUUGCGACUUGCGGGUCUUGGUUUUCGACGAAUUUCACGAGCAACGAGAGCUCGACAUCGUGGAGGGAAAUGGAGGAUUUCAAGCAUUACAGACCUCUUUCAUCACAAACUCUCAUACACCGCGAGAAAAGGUACCAUAUUUUCCUGAGCUUCAGAGGUGCCGAUGUCAGAAAAACCUUGGUCGAUCAUCUCUACCAAUCUCUCUCAACUGCAGGACUUAAUGUGUUCUUAGACAGUGAACGAUUGGAAAAGGGCGACAGCAUUGGAAUCAGUCUUCAGCGUGCCAUUCAGAGCUCUGCAAUCCACAUACCCAUAUUUUCUGCUCACUAUGCCCUUUCGCCAUGGUGUCUCAAGGAGCUCUCGCUUAUGUGGGAUUUCAAGUCAAUAUCUACAGGCACAACAAUUAUCCCCUUGUUUUAUAAUGUGGAGCCAUCGGAUGUGAGAUACCCUGAUAAGAAAGGUGGUCCAUAUGCUGAGGCUUUCCAUAAACAUUACACUCAAGGCAGACAUGAACACCAUGAGAUCACUGCGUGGAAAGCGGCGCUCUUCCAAGUCUCUUCUCUCUCUGGUUGGUCUCUCACUGAAACGGCUUUGGGGUACGAAGGGAGGCUUGUGAAGCAGGUGGUUACAGACGUUCUCAAGACAUUGAACGUUACUGUUCUAGAUGUGGCAAAACGCCCUGUGGGACUCAAAGCUCGUACGGAGGAGGUGAUAAAGUUGCUCAAAAUAGAUGACAGUAGAGCUGAUCGGUUGAUUGUUGGUAUUUGGGGAAUGGGGGGCCUAGGAAAAUCGACGUUAGCAAAGGCCAUUUAUAACGAGAUCCAUCACCUGUUCGAAGCUUCCUCUUUUGCAUCUGAAGUUCGAGCCACUGCAGGGGAGUCGACAAAGGGCCUUAGAAAAUUGCAGCAGCAUGUCCUCCAGGAUUUGAUGAAAGCUGAGAUGAAGUUGAAGAGCGCAGAUCAAGGCAAAAUGGUAAUGAGGAACUGUCUGGCAUCCAUUAGGGCACUCGUCAUUCUAGAUGAUGUCAGCGACGAGAAACAGGUUGAUGCUCUGGUGGGGGAUUGGUAUGGACAAGGUAGCAGAAUCAUUAUUACAAGUCGAGAUAAAAGUAUCUUGGAGGCUGGACAAGUAGAUGCUAUUUACCAUAUGAAUGGCCUGGAUAUAGAAGAGAGCACACAGUUGUUCAGCUGGCAUGCCUUUCUCAGAGCCUGCCCUGACAAGGGCUAUAAAGAUAUGACAGAGAGAAUCGUAAAAGCUUGUAGGGGUCUCCCUCUGUCCUUGGAAAUUAUAGGCGCGCAUCUAUAUGGUAAAAGGAACAUUAGAUAUUGGAGUGACGCCUUGACCAAAAUUGAAAAUGUUGAGUACGAAAAAAUUUAUCAGACCCUGAAAAUCAGUUAUGAUGCGCUUCCUGUGCAAGAGAAGCGGAUUUUCUUAGACAUUGCCUGCUUUUUUAUCACACUCAAGCUCCAGGAUGGCAUCUUCUCAAGCAAGCGGGCUUACAACAUGGAUUUCUAUAUUAAAUUUUGGGGUGUUCUAGGGUGCAGGGCUGUGUACACCAGUCUUCAAAAUCUUGAAGGGAAGUCACUCAUAGUAAUACAGGAGCAUAAAUACAAUGAAUCUGAAGACGAAGAUCAAAAUGAUGAACUUGGUCCCUAUUUUUGUGAAUUCAGCAUGCAUAAUCAAAUAAGAGACUUGGGCAGAAGAAUGGUUGAAGAGGAAUCAUGGGACGAUCCAGCUCAACGUAGUAGAGUAUGGCGUGAGGAGGAUAUAUUCAAUGUCUUGGCUCGCAAAGAGGAAAUGUCAAGUGUUAGAGGGGUCAUGUGGAAAAGAUACUUGGAGCUUCAGGGCAUAGAUUCUCUGCAAGCCAUGCAUAAUUUGGAAUUCAUGCUUUGGUGGGAUUUACAUCUGAGAACUCAAAUAACAAUAUUUCCUCUGAAUCUGCGAUACCUUGUCCUUUCCAAUUGUCAAUUGGAAGAAUGCGAACCAUGUCUGGAGAUGCCUGAAACAGAGAGUGAUAGUGACAGUAACGGAUCAUCUUUAUUUUCUACUGUUUUGCCUAAAUCUAUAGCCCAACUCAAACUUCUACGCUACCUUGAUCUGAGUCGCACUAAACAGUCUUGUCUCCCAAAAGAAUUUGGAGAGCUCCUCUACUUGGAAGAGCUAUAUUUGUUUUCCUGCUGUUUAGAAGCUUUACCUCAAACUUUUGGAAAUCUGGUCAACCUAAAUACCCUUGACAUUAGCAACAAUUUGUUGUCAAAAAUUCCAUCAAGUUUCAAAUAUCUGAAAUCUUUAGCGUAUCUUAAGGCAGCCAGAAAUAGUGAACUUGUAGAACUGCUCUGUCUCCCCAGAGGUAUUAUUAAUCUCAACGUUAAACAAUGUUUAAAACUGGAAAAGUUCUCCAUAAUGUCUUCUAUGCCAAAGUUGGAUGCUCUUGAUCUCUCUCACUGCCACAGUCUUGCUCAAAUAUCAUCAUUAGAUUUAGCAGAAUCUUUAAAAAGACUCAAACUAGAUGGAUGUAAGAAACUUGUGGACUUGACUGAUCUUCCAGAAGGUCUCAUUUGUUUAGACAUCUCUGGUUGUUCACAACUGCAGAAAUUCUCUAGUGUGACUCAAGUCAAAAGGUUGAAUGUUAUGAUUUUUGAGGAAAACCCUGGUAUUUGUAAAUCCAUGGAACCCUGUGACUAUGAUUGUCUGCCAAGCCCAAGACCACAUAUUGAGCAUUUUCUUGCUCCCAAGAUCAAAUCGCUGCAAAGGCUAUGCAUGGCAGACUGUGACAGCUUUGAUAUAAAUAUUUAUCAUUUACUUAAGGAACUUCCUUAUUUAGAGCAACUGGAGGUUUCGGGAUCCCCUGCAGAUGAAUUACCCACAGAAAUGUAUCCCCUGGUAGGUGGGCUAAGCGUUCCAGUGCAAAGGGAAACAAGAUGUGAAGCCAUCUUAUUUUGCUUUGUUCUAUGCAGCAAAGAGAAUGUCCGUGUGCCAGAGAUGCGCGUGGAAACGACCAUGUUGACAGCAGAUACUAACUGUUCACCUUUUAAAAAUUUUAAACUUCCAUCAUAUUCCGUCGCAAACGACAAAGAGAAAAAUAUCCUUCGAAUAUGUGUUUAUAAAGGGGCAACUAGAUUCAAGUUUGUUACAGGAGAUGUUAUCAGCUGCUCAUUUACAGUACCAGAACAAUUUGCACAGCAGGGGAGUUUAGUAAGGCAUAUUGAACUUCUCUAUCUGGAAGGAGAGAAAGAAGAUAUGAAUUCUCAGAAUGCUACCCGAUUUUUGCAUCAGUGGAAAUUGAAUGUAUCUUAGAAAUUCUUGCAGAGAUUAAGUCGUGAGGUAAAAUGCCAGCAGCCACAUUCAGCUAACAGCACUAUUUCCUGUAUCAUCUGCUUCUCUUCUAGAUUGUAUGAAGUGAACCGUACUUCUAUUAAGAUAUUGUAGGUAGUGAGUAAAGGGGAAGUUAUAGUUCAUUUGGAUCAAUUAGGACGAUUAGGAUUUGAAUCUAGGACUUUCUAUUUCUUAUUGGAGUACUCUACCAAUUAAAUUAUUAGUCCUUCUUGGUCAGCUCAUCAUCAGUUCAAAUGUCAAUUUUUUUCUAACACCAUCCUUUAAACCAUACUAUAAGUGUGUAAUGAUGAUACCACAUGUCAAGCUACAGUUCAUUUAGAUCAACUAAAACUCUAACCUAGCACCUUCCAUUUACUGUUGAAACGCUCUACCAACUGAAAUACUGACCCCUCUUAACCAGCACAUUGUCUGGAUGUGACUUGUUGGAGGAAAAAUGAAUAUUGCUUACAUUCCAACAUAAAAAUGAAUAUUGCUUACACUCUGCAUCAUGAGCAGGCAUGAUAUUUGACGGUCACCCUGCUUGUCAAACAAAAACUUCAUGGCAGCCAGAGAUUUGAAUUGACUAUAAAUUUAUUAUUUUCACUAAAUUAUUAGAUUGUCAAAGAUGAUUAGGAGUAAAAUUAGUAGAUUCGUUUGUUACAUCAAGGAAACAAACAGGAGGACAGGGAACAGAAUUUUGUGUUUUGAAUGGGAUAUUGCAAAGCUACAUUGAUUGUGGAUUGUAUAAGCUCUU